AUGUUACAACAAGCUCAGCAUCCCAUUAGCGAUGAAAAAAAGCUGAAAGAUUUAUCCAGACUACCGUGUAAUCCAGAACAAGUUGAUUUUAUUAAAUUAUGGUUUAUAUGUAUUCCCAUUUUACUUAUAUUAUCAGUUUUACUUGAUCGUAUCGAAGUCGAAUGUGUGAAACGUCAACGAUUAUCAACAAUAUCAAAAAAACAAUAUGUAUCAUUAACUUAUUUUGUACAAUUACUUAUCAGUAUUGCAUUUGUCGGUUUAUUCAUUAAUGGUAAGAGAAAAAUUGAGUAG